GAUACGAUCGAGAGCAAAGUUCAGGUGGCAGUUCGAGGCCAGCCAGUAUUUUCGCUGAGCUGGGUUGUUGUUUACAUCCCGGAGCCGCUCUUCGUACGGCCGCCCGUCCCGCGCGAGGGGAGCGGCGAAAAUUCACCCGUGAAAUAGAACCGAGCACAUCCUCUUCUUCCAUACGGCCUCCAGUUCGACGAAACAGUUUCCCAGUAUCAGGCGAUCGUCAGGACGGGCUACUCACGGUAGGAUGAAGGUGACGGUGACCACGCUCAGCGACGACAUAUUCGUCCUGGACGUGAUCGAGGACAUGGAGUUGGAGAGUUUCAAGGCGUUGUGCGAGGUGGAGAGCGGCGUGCCGGUCCAUGAAAUGAUGAUCGCGUUCAACGGGCUACCGUUGAUGAACGACAAACGCUCGCUGGAGGAUCAUGGUAUCCGGGACGGUGACGUGGUGAUUUUGCAGCACAUGCAUCAGAACCUGCACCCGUUAAACGGAGCUAUUCCCAUGUUGGACUUCAGUUCCAUCAGAGUGCCAGGCUCGUCGACGAGUCGACAGACGCCGUCGACGGCUGCCAGCAGCAGCAGUAUAGCCCGCAUGCAAAACCCUCGAGAGGAGGACGAUCCGGAGAUGAUACGCGACAUGUUCUUAGCUAACCCGGAUCAGCUCGCGCUGCUCAGUCAGAACAACCCUGAGCUGGCCAGUGCCUUACUUUCUGGAAAUCUUGAGAGAUUCUCCACCGUACUGCGACAACAGAUUAAAUUGCGAGCUGAGCGCGAGGCGCAGAGACUCCGGAUGAUGAACGCGGAUCCAUUCGACACCGAGGCUCAAAGGUUCAUCGCCGAGGAUAUCAGGCAAAAGAACAUCGAGGCGAACAUGGAAGCCGCGAUGGAGUACAAUCCGGAGACGUUUGGCUCGGUGGUCAUGCUGUACAUUAACUGUAAAGUGAACGGAUUCCCAGUGAAAGCAUUUAUUGACACAGGUGCACAGUCGACUAUAAUGUCCGAUGCGUGCGCCGAGAGAUGCCAUAUAAUGCGGUUGGUGGACACCAGGUGGGCCGGGAUAGCUCACGGCGUCGGUACCCAGCCUAUCAUCGGUCGAGUCCACAUGGUGCAGAUUCAGAUUGGAAAUGAUCAUCUGACCACCUCGUUCACCGUCCUCGCGGAGCAGAGCAUGGACAUGUUGCUCGGCCUGGACAUGCUGAAGAGGCAUCAAUGCUGCAUAGAUCUCAAGAAAAGCGUGCUCACGAUCGGCACCACCGGCGCCGAAACACCGUUCCUAGCCGAAGGAGAGUUGCCGGAGUGGCUGAGGCUCAGCGGGUACAGCGACGCGAGUAUGUACGACGUGGAAGAGGACAAGAACAAGAAGAAAGCAUUGGAGGGCGGUUCCACAGGCGCGAAAGAACAGCGUCGUCAACCUGGAACAAGCAGUAGUUUCGGCGGGACGUCGAGCAGCAGGCUGGGUGCAAUAGAGAGCACCGUGUUCCCCCACGAUCCGUUCACCGAAGAGACCGUGGUGGAGAUCGUGUCCCUGGGGUUCAACAGGAUGCAAGUUAUCGCGGAGUUGCGCAGAUUUAACGGGGACAAGGCUCAGGCCACGGACUCGUUGUUCACCAAGUUGAGACCAUAAGACGAGACGAGGGACGCGAUACAAAUUGUGAUGGUUUCCGUGAAUUCAUAUUCGGCUCGACGAUCGAUCAAAUUUCAAGCUGUAUAAUUCUGUUCGGCUCUAAUCGUUACAAAAGUGAAUCGACGAAAUCGCUGUAUCUCUCGAUGCAUCUGGAAACCACACGACCAACGCGUCGCGCGGCGAUCAGAUCCGACGUGUUUCAUCUCGCCGGAUGACCAUAUAGGCUCAAUGUCUCACAAAGACGAACGUUUAUCUAGUAAAACUUCUAUCUGUCUUUUAUCCGUUUUUGCUACGCAGACGUCUGUCGACACGCAAUAAAUAAGUUUAAGGGUCACCAUUAAGGUACGGUUCUAAGUUAGGAACGUUUCAUAGUUCUCGUUAAGUUCUAAUGAUCAGAUCGAAAUGGAAUGGAAUGCAUUUCUAAGAACGAUUCAUGUUUGAUGAGCAAGGAACUAAGAAUACAAGUUCCUCUUCUACAAUUUGAUAAUUUUACAAAGAAAAAUAAUGAUAUUCAAAAGGGAGAAGAAAAAAAAGAUACGAAUAAACUUAUCGCAACUUUUA